AUGGGAUCCAAAGGAUUUACCAGCCCAGUGAACCCAGCUGUCUUCCCUCACCUGACUGUGGUACUUCUGGCUAUCAGUAUGUUCUUCACUGACUGGUUCUUCAUUUAAGAGGUCAACUCUACCUAGUACACUUGUGAUACUUACAAAGAGCUCCUCAUCUCCUUGGUGGCUUCAUUCUUCAUGGGCUUAAGAGUCCUCUUCCUCCUGCCCUGGGUUGACAUCUAUGUAUGA